CGAUUCUCUCUUCAACAGUUUGGAUGCUGAUUGCUUAUUGCAUCAAUAACUCUGCAUGAUCCCCCCUGCACACCAACAUGGCCGACAAUAACUCCGCAGAUACAGCUCCAGUCCGCCGGACCAAGAGAUCAAGUGCCGCCAUCUCGCCCAUCAAACCAACACAGGCAACCACCCCGUCCAGAAAGAGACCUCAGAAGAGAGCUCGUUUCUCUGAACCACUCCUCCCCCAUGGAACAACAGGCCUCACACCUGCCGUUGGCAAAGCUUCUCUGAAAACCCCCAAGUUCAGAAGAGUGUCCACUCCGGCCAUCACCCGAUAUCGGGAUCACGAUGAAAUCCAAUUUACCCCGUUCCGUGAAGUACUUGACGCCAGGACCACCAGACGGAUUCGGCGACACGGCUUGAGCGACGAGAUGAAUCGGUAUCAAGCAGAGACGAAGUCCAAGGCCGAGCUGCAACGCCAACUUGAGCGGAAGAACAAGGAACUGCAAACCCUCAAGGAUGAAUUGGAUGCUUCCAGGCUCCGUCAAGUCUCUCUUCCGCAAUGCGAUCCUGUCGGGAGCCAGCAACGAAUCACCCAGCUGGAAGCUGAAGUGGCCGAGCUGACCCAGAGAUCCAACGACGACAGUUGCGGACUCGGCGGCAGCAGUUCACCACAUUUCGGUGAUGGCGAGGACGGCUUUCAGAUCUACGAGGAUGACUCUGCCAGCAACGAGAAUCAACCAAUCGACCCAGAGGACGAUGCCACGGUGGACCUGGAGCUCGAGUCAGCGCGACAGGAAAAACAAGCCCUCUUCCGAUCCAGCCAAGGCUCUUCGACGAACACCAUCCACUUUGCAGACUCGCCUGCCCGUUCCUUUGGCGCGCCGCAAACAGCCCUCGAACCCCCCGAGAUUCCUUCUCACGAACUCUCCAAAGAACUCCACGCCGCCAUCAAUCGAGCGGAAGAAGCUGAAGUGGCACUCCAAGCCAUGGCCGUCGAGAUCAAAUCCCUGGGGUUUCCCUGCAACACCGACGACGCCAGUGGAUGCAUCGCCACCAUCAAGACACACUUCCGCAACAUGCGGUUCGAGCUUGAAAGGCUCGUCCCCGGAGAAACGGUCAUGUCCUUCGAUUAUGCGCGCCUCAUGCCCGAGAUGCUGGCGAAACUGAAGGCGGUUGCCACCCAGGUGCGGGAUCGUGAAGCAGAGUUGAAGUCGAUGCGAGAACAGCAGCGCUCUCUGCGGGGCAACUUCGACCACGCCCUUGUCGCAGCGGAGAAGGCGAACAACAGAAUCAAAGAACUCGAGGACGCCAUCGACAAGAAUGCCGAGGAGAUGCUCGAGCAACGCAUGCGAGCUCAGGCGCUCGAGCGCGAGGCCAGAGAGCACGAAGCCAACAAACAAUGCCUCAUUGCCGCGAUGGAGAAGUACCGACUGGAAGUCAAACGCCUGGAGGACCUGGUUGAACUCGUGGAAGCGGAACAAGCAUCCCGACUCCAGGAGGUGAGGGCCGCCACGACCGCAGAGUUCACGCAACAGCUCUCAGACCUGGACGCCAAAGUGGCCGCCGAGACUCGCGGGCGGCGGGCGGCCGAAGAGUCUGCCGUCGAGCGGCUGAAGAAGAUCAACGAGCUCGAGUCCGCCCUGGGCGCGGCGCGCCAGUACUCGGAAGGCAUCAAGGAGCGGCUGGAGAACCUCGAGGGCCAGCGCCGCGUGUCGGACCGCGAGCACAAGGCCGAGGUCGAGGCGCUGAACACUCGGCUGCAGAAGCUCAAGAACAUCAACACCAACCUCGAGGCCAACUGGAAGGACGAGAUCGCCGUGUGCGAGGAGAUCCUCCGCGGCAAUUACCACGGCCACCUCCGGACUAACAUGCAAUUCGAAAAGGACAUCAAGAAAUACAUCCGCGGCGCCAAGGUGCGGCACGCCAAUUGGGAGCUGGAGAGCGAUGACAUGCGCAGCGACGAGAUCCUCGGAGGAGAAGGACCCAUGACACCCGCCAGUGUGGUCAGAUUCUCCGAGUUCUCCGAAGUCGAGGACGCGGAUGAUCGAGGAGGGCACGGCGACGUCGACGGCCCCGACGACGACGCGGACGAUCACGUCGCGGGCAGCGUGGAACUGACCCGGGGCAAGAAGCACCGUCGCCGCCGCUCGUCGGUGACUCUCCCCUCCACCUCGGCGUUCCCCGCGGCCGGUAUCCUGAAGAAGCGCGGGCGGAGACGAUACGACAGCGGGAUCGGGAUGGACCCCCUGAGCGAGGCCGAAGACGAAAUGCCGGUCGAGGCCCAGCGAGGUGUCAUGACUCCAGAUCUGAGCUCCGAGAGCGACGAGAUCGACUUCGACAGUGACCUGGGUAUGAGGGUGUAAGACUUUUUUUGGGGGGUCCUUUUAGACGCAUGCUUAAUGUUUGUUGAUGAAUGAGGAGGUGCCGGCCAUCAAAACCCAAACGGGAAGGCCAGCAGCCAUCCAUGUGUUGAGUUCAACUUGGUCGACUUCUGACUGAACGACCAUCGACUUGCCUCUGACAAAAGUUGCCUUUUGACCUUUUCGACUUUCCACACGAUUCCGCUCGACACGGUGGAACUACACGGCGUGGUUUGGUCCCUACGCGGUCGUCUUGUUUGGAUUUCCCACAUACUUCCUUCGAGGACACAUUGAAGAAGAUUUCCUUAGGUCAGCUGGGAGAGGCAACGAAGGCUUGGAACGGAUAGGAACGGAUUGGAUUUGUUCUGACACGGGUCUAUGGAACGAUGUACUGAAUCCCUCUUCCACCCACACACGGACACAUGAGACUUUUUCCUUACGUUUUGGGUGCCAUGACACGGCAUUGAGAGCUGGUAAAUUGAGAAGGUUGUACUGUUUGACGAAAGUAGCAGUCCUCUGCAUAGAUCCUUUAUUGAAUCUGUCAUGACACAACUCCCACAGAAAAGCCUGGGUGCAUGAAGCACAUCUGCCUUUCGUGGACCAUCAUAAAACCGUCCAAGCAUGUCCUGCCAGGCACCUGUGACACCAUGUUGUGAUAUAAAGCCCAUUGG